AUGGACAAAUUUGGACCAUCUGGCGACAGCUCGCGCAGUGGAACUCCAGGUAAUGGGCGCUUCGCCUCCCAGGCAGCUACCGCUGAGGAUCUGCUCAAGGCGCAAACUGUUGGUCUUGUGAACCUCAAUGACUACCGCAAGAGACGCGCAGAGGCCAUAGAGCUCAAGGAGCGAGGGAGUCCUUCCGUCAGCUCUGGCACUGACACACCAGGAGAAGGAGCAUCGACAUCAAAGCCGGUAUUCAAGAAGAAGCGCAAGAUAGUUGCCAAGGGCAAGUUGUCAUUUGGAGUAGACGAAUAUGAAGAGACCGACUCAGCCGUGUCGAAAGCGCCCACACUACGCGAGAACACACCCGCCGAUAUGUCCGCCGUAAGCUCUGAGGCAGAAGGCAAGACUGUCAAGAAGAAGAAGAAGCUGGGUGCGAAUACAAGCGUUGGCAUGAAGCCGCGAGUCAUGACGAAACCUGCUCUGCAGCGUGAAGCACAGCAGGCAGAUCUUGCGCGACAUGACUUCUUGAGAAUGCGAGAAGGCGUGAAAGCCACGGAAGUCGCAAUCCCGUUUGUAUUCUAUGACGGUACAAAUGUCCUGGGAGGACUGUGUAGAGUGAAGAAGGGUGACCAUAUAUGGCUGUUUCUUGACAAAGCUAGGAAAGUGGGUGCUGAGUUGGGGGUGGGUGGCGACAACAGUCGAAGGAAUUGGGCCAGAGUCAGUGUAGACGACCUGAUGCUUGUGAGAGGAGAGGUUAUCGUCCCCCAUCACUACGAGUUUUAUCACUUCCUGUUCAACAAUGUCACAGGAUUCAACGGCCCCAUCUUCGAUUGGUCUGCACAACCGACAAAGGCUACGCCGGUUAUCAAGCCUGAUGAGGAAGAAGCCAACAUGGACGGAUAUGAUCCGCUGAACCCAAAGAAGAACAAGGACAAGGAAUCAAGCUUUCCAGACGAGGAGCUCGAGGGCUACUAUGACGAUCCAGCAGUGACAAAGGUUGUGGACCGACGAUGGUACGAGAAGAACAAGCACAUUUUCCCCGCGAGUGUGUGGGAGGAAUAUAGCUCUGAUAAGACUUUCACAAAGGCUGAGCGCAAGGAUGCCAAGGGCAAUAGAUUUUUCUUCUCUUGAAGGCGAGAUCCCUCUUGAGACGCCAACGGAUUCGAUAGGGGUUGACUGCAUCAUGUACACCUGCAAGAUGUAGUACCUUGAAAAGCGUGCUUGAUGAACCAUGCGCACUCAUUGGCAAGCGAACGUUCAGCCAGAACGUGGGAACGGUUAUUAGAUUGCCCCGCAUUGCAGCAUGCAUAACAUUCUGCAUCAGACGAUAGAGUGGGAAGUUAGAUAGCAUCUUGCAUACCGAGAUCGACCUCCUAGCCAAUGUCAAGCCCAAG